AUGGCGCUGAUCCGAAAUAUUCAUGAGACACAGAUGAACGAGGUGCAGAUGGACGGCGUCUCUGGCGCGAGCAUGGCGAUUAUGGUGGGACGUGGUGAUGAGGCGCCCAACUUUGCGCUGCGCUCGUUUGAGGUGGUUGCGGGGGGGCACACACCACAGCAUCAGCAUGAUUAUGAGCAUGAGGUGUAUGUGGUUUCGGGGAGUGGUCAGGUGCUACUGGAUGGGGAGCGGCAUCCGAUCAAGGGUGGGGAUGUGAUUUAUGUGCCUGCCAAUGAGGAGCAUCAGUUCACGGUGGAUGCGGAUUCGGGGGAAUCCUUGCGUUUCCUGUGCGUUGUCCCUGUUGAGCAGAACUGCGGGGGGCCUGAGCGGACUCUUAUGGACGAGGAAUAUGGACUCUCGAUUGGUUGGGUGAUCGCGAUCUACGGCAUCGCGGCGGCGAUCUCAGCAUUCGGAGUGCUGCGUGGAUUGCAGAUUGAGUCGGAGCCUUACAUGUUGAUGGGGCUUGCGGGAUUGGUGAUCACGCUUACGACGCUCCCGAUUUGUCUUCGUCGGAAUGGCGGUGGGGAUGGAUCAACUGAUGCGGCGAUCGAGAUGGAUCGGUUGCGAUCACAGAUCUCGAAGAUGACCAAGUCGAUUGAGCAUCUUGAAGAGACGAUGAUCCUCUCAGAUGAUGCUCGACGUGUGCUGAAUCGUCACAAGGAGCGGCAGCUGCUGCGAGGUGCGAUCGAGGAGGACAUCGAGCGUGGAGAGUUUAACGCGGCGAUGGUGCUGGUGAAUGAGCUGGCGCAGCGGUUUGGAUAUCGCGCUGAUGCGGAAGAGUUUCGACAAAAAAUUGAUUUAGUUCGUGCACAGACGGAGCAAUCGCAUGUGCAGGAUGAGAUCCGCAAGCUUGAUGUAUUCAUUUCAGAGCAUGAGUGGGAUCGUGCGCUGGUCGAAGCGGCUCGGAUAACGAGGCUGUUUCAUGAUUCCCCUCUCGCGGAGGGGCUUCGUCAUCGUGUUGAAUCGGCGCGGCAGCGGUACAAGGUGGAGAUCGAGCGACGGUUCCUGAUGGCGGCGCAGGAUGAUCGGAUCGAUGAGGCGAUGGAGAUGAUUCAGGAGAUGGAUCAUCUGCUGAGCGAAGCGGAGAGCGAGCAGUUUAAAGAGGUCGCUCGAGGUGUCAUCGGGAAAGCAAAGGAAAAUCUCGGCGCGGCGUUCAAACUCGCGGUGCAUGAUCGUGCGUGGGAUCGUGCGGCGUCGAUUGGUCAGCGGAUCAUCGAUGAGUUCCCCAACUCGCGGAUGGCGGGUGAGGUUCGUGAGUUGAUUGAUACGCUCCGCGAGCGUGCGUCAACUGUAGAGGUCGGCGAUGUUGGAGACGUAGGGCCAGACCUCGUCGGAGCCCCCUCCCGGCCAGGUGAGUCCGAAGGGGAGUUUCAUUCCUGGGAGCGGGUGGAUGAAGUCGCGGACGCAUCCGAAGACGAGUCGGUCGUAAAGGUUGCCGACGCCUCCGGAGAUGAUCAGUCCGAAUCCUGCGUGUGCUGUCCAGUCCUUGGGUUUGGUCCAUUUCGCAAAGAGCAGGAGCGCUACGGCGAUUGCGAAGAGCGUGAAGAUGAUGAAGAACCAGCGUUGUCCGGCACCGAUGCCGAAGACCGCGCCGGGAUUGAGAACGAGCGUGAACUCGAGCAACUUUGGGAUCACAACGACCGGUUCGUGGUGAGGGAUCAGGUUUCCGAGGUUGGGUUCGGUAAGCACUUGCGAGCGAUCUAUGUGUACAGGGAGAUCGGAGCCAGGACCAGGCGCGGUUGGAGCGGAUGGUGGUGGGAAGGUUGUUCUGAUCUUGCUCUUGGGGCAUUAGUUGCGGUACUUCUGAUCCAUCAUGCGUGCGGCUUCGAUGGAGUACUUGGCCCAUGGGAGUUCUUCGAGGCGUGCCUUCUUGAUCGGUUGGUGUGUCAUGAGACAAAGGCCGUAGGUUCGAUCUGCGAUCCGUCCGAGUGCUUCGUCGAUCUCACGAAUAAGCUGGCGAUCCGCGGCGGCGAGAUCGAGAUUCAAUCCUUGCUCGAAGCUUUCACUCCCAAACUCCGCGGCAUGCUCGACAUCACCAACGAGUUCUGCACGCUUUUUGAGCAGGAUGAGUUUGUACUCAUCGAGUUGCUUUGGAGUAAAUGGGUUGGUUUCUUCGUGGUUUUGGAGUCGCUUGUUUUGGAGUCUGAAGUCGCGGGUGUUUCUUUCUUUUCUUCAGCUUUGGUCGUUGCGGCUUUCUUGCUUGUUUUCUUCGUUGUUUUUUUAGUAGUUUUCUUUGCGGUCUUGGUGGCUGCUUUCUUUACAGUUUUCUUGGCUGUUUUUUUCGUAGUUUUCUUGGCAGCCUUCUUUGUCGUUUUCUUUGCGGCAGCUUUCUUCGUUGAUUUUUUCUUGGUGGCUUUAGUCGUGCGUGAGGGAGCUUUCUUCACGGUUUUUUUCUUUGCCGCUUUCUUCGCCGGUUUCUUGGUGACCUUCUUGGAAGUCUUCUUUGCGGUUUUUUUCGCUGACUUCUUGGUGGUCUUCUUUUUGGUCCAGCCAACUGGGGGCAAGGGUAGGCGCAACGGGUUCCGCGAUUUGGACUUCUCCGAGUUUUCGGAAACGCUCGUAGCGGGCGUUGAUGAGGUCUUCAGGGUCCUGCUCGCAGAGUUCAUGGAGUUGGGAUUCGAUCCAGUUCUGGAGGAGUUUGGAGGCUUCCUCGUGGUUCCGGUGAGCGCCUCCGAGUGGUUCAUGGAUGACAUCAUCAACAAUUCCGUUUUUGAGGUUCAUCGCGAUCGCUUCGGCUUGUCCGCGCUCCUCUGCUCCGAGACCUGGGUACGCGCCUGGGGUGUCAACGAGGGUGACGAUGGGGAGUCCGAACUUCUCGGCUUUGCGCAUCUUUGCGAGCGCUUUGCGAUAGCCUUCUGGAUGAGCACAUCCGAAGUGGCACGCGAGUUUUUCUUGUGUGGUCUUCCCUUUUUGGUGUCCUACCACGAGGCACUUGCGGUUCCCGAUGCGUCCGAAUCCGGUGAUGAUCGCGGGGUCGUCUGCGAAUCCACGGUCGCCGUGGAGUUCGCAGAAGUCGCGGCAGAUGUGCUUGAUGUAGUCAGAAGUUUUUGGUCGAUUGGGAUGACGCGCGACGCGGACCGUGUUCCAUGGAGAGAGGUCGGUGUAGACAUCCUUGAGCAUCUGGAUGCGUCGCUUCUCGAGCAGUUCCAGAUCGGCUGGGUUGGGCUUGAUUUCUUCAGCUUGGAUCCCGCCGAGGGCUGGCACUUCUGGUCCAUCGGAUUCGAUCGCUCUUCGUGUGAGUUGGAUUUCCUCUUCGAUCGCGAUGUGCCGAUGGUGUUUGUGGGUGGUGGGAAUAUGGCUCACGCAAUUAUCAGUGGCGCUCAGCGAGCUGGUGUGCUCGAUGCAGAGCGUGUUGGGGUGAUUGAUCCGAGCGAGGAUCGGCGCGUGUUGUAUACACAUGGAUUCGCAUCGGCUGCGGAUGGGAUCCGUUGGCUUGGCGAGUGUGGUGGGGAUGGUUGCGGGAUUGUGCUUGCUGUGAAACCUCAGAUGCUUGAGAAUGCGGCGGAUGGGAUGCGAGAAUUGAUCCAGAGUGCAGGAUUGAGUCCGACGGUGAUCUCUGUGCUUGCAGGGACGAAAUCGGAUCGGAUUGCUGGGUUGUUGGGAGAUCGGUGCCGAGUUAUUCGGGUGAUGCCCAACACUCCAGCAUCGGUGGGACUCGGGAUGUCGGCGAUCUCGGGGAGUGAGUCAUCGAAUGACGAGGAUCUUGAGCUUGCGACCACGCUGAUGUCAGCGGUUGGGGAGGUCGUGCAGAUCGAUGAGUCGAUGAUGGACGCGUUUACAGCGGUCGCGGGGAGCGGUCCUGCGUAUGUGUUUUAUUUGGUUGAAGCGAUGACCAACGCGGCGGUUGAGCUUGGGUUUGAUCCAGCAGAUGCACGAAAGAUCGUCGAGCAGACGGUGAUCGGGUCGGCGUCCUUGCUUCAUGCAUCGGAUGAAGACGCGGCGACGCUGCGGAGUAAGGUGACCUCGAAGAACGGGACCACUUACGCGGCGACGACCACACUUGAUUCGCAUCGGGUGAUGGAUGCGUUUGUGAGCGCGCUCACUGCGGCGAGGGUUGCGUUCAAGGAGCGCCACGGUUUCUUGCGUCUUUGGAAGCAAAGUUUUUACAAGGAUGACACGUGCUGGGUUCACGGCUUCGAGCGAGUCGGUGUAGCCGUUGGUGAGUUCCUCGCCGUCUUCUCCUGGGAUGGGUUUGCCUUGCUCGCGGAGUUGUUCGAUGCGCUUGUUCGCGAAUGUGGUUUGUUUUUCGAUGUCUGCAUUUGCGUCUUCGACUUGGAGGAUCGAUCCUUCACGCUGUGCGAUCAUCAUCGCAUCUCCGAUAUUGACGAUCCAUAUCGCGAACCAGAAGUAGCUGAAGAACGCGAGCACGAUGGGGAUCGCGAGGAGGAGUUUGGGUUCCCACGCGCCGCCUCGGAUUCCCAUGACGAGCAUGCAUCCGAUGGAGAAGAUGGUGACCUGGAGUCCGACGAAGAGGAGUCCGGUGAGGUAUUUCGUGAGGAAGAGGAUCGCGGUUGCCCAGCUCAGCCAGAUCGGGAUGCCCCACGAGGUGAACUGGAGUUUGUAGAAGAGUUCUUUCGAGACGAGAUCGGUGGUAAAGAACUCGUUCUGGAACUCCCAGUGGAGGAGAGUGACGCCUCGCUCGUUGAUUCCAAGCGCGGCGUAGAGCACGACGACGAGGAGGUUGAGUCCGAGGGUGAGCCAGAACAGUUUUUUGGCGUUGAGCUCGCGGUACGCGUCGAGGAAGAUGGCGGCGGUUUGGGUGAGGAUCAUGAGUUGGCUCCCUUCUUGCUCGAACGGGUCUUCGAGAGAUGGGCGUUUGAAUCCGGCGGACUGGAUCACGAUGUUGUGCUUGCGGAGCGUGUCGAUCGCGGGCUGGACCUUCGACGCGUCGUCGGUUUUGAACGCGAUGGUGUUGUCGGAGGUUUCUUCUGCUUGCUCUGGGAGCGAGAGGGUGUUGAGUUCCGCGGAGGCGUGCUCAGGGAUUGGGUUUGCGGUGGUGAUGACGAAUCCGGAUUGGUCGGCGGUCAGUUCGUCGAUGGUGCCUUGGGUGCGGACGAGGCCGUGGACCAUGAUCGCGACGCGGUCGCAGACCAUCUCGAGUUCGGAGAGGAGGUGGGAGUUGAGGAAGAUGGAGUCCAUGCCGACGAGUUCGAGGAGUUCGGAUGCUUUGGCUUUGCGUUGUUUGCGUUUGAUGCCGGACAUGGCGCCGAAGUGUUCGAGAACUUGACGGUGCCUGAGCAUUUGGAGGGGGAGAUGACGGUCAUCAUGAUUUUGACGAGCGUGGACUUUCCCGUCGACUCCUCGGAGUGCUUUGAUGCGUCGUUUGUAUGUUUUUUCGACGCCUUGGAUGUCGAUGACUGCGCUCAUGAUGCGGGACUCCAGUAUGUAUUGGUCAAACAGCUUGAGGGUUUCAUCGCGCGUGAAGUGGGAGCGGUCUUCGAUGAUGGCCCAAUCGUCGCGGUCUCCGAAGAACUGAUCCGCUUUGGGGACAUGGAGUCCCUCGAAGUUCGCGUGGUUGAUCUGGAUUCGGUUGUUUGCGAGCGCUGCUUGGAUUUCGGGUCGUGCUUUGGUGCGUGCGAUGCCGUCUUCGCUGCCGUCUUGUGCCCAGACGGUCCAUCCGGCAUUGAGGAGGGGGACGGAGUCGCGGCCGUCGCCGCAUCCGAGGUCCACGGCGUGGAGGGGUUUGGAUGGAUCGAUUUCUCCGAAGAGCUCGAUCGCUUUGAGGACGGUGUCGCGUGGGGGCUUGCCUUGCAUGCGAUCGAAGUAGCUCGGCCAAUCUCGUCGAUGGGCGGCUUCAUGAACUGGUGGUGGGUUGGUCAUCACUUGUUCCCCGAUCGGUGUGAGCUCGUUCGGAUCACCGAGCCGACGAGCCCUGUGCUUGAGGUCACGGAGCUGGCACAGCGGCAGUCUAGGCGGAUGGAUGCGGUGUUGGGGUCGGAAGAUUCGCAACGAACCGAUCCGGAGUUCUCGCGAAAUGGGGGCAAGGCGAUCCUCAUCGAGCGUCCGGAGGGGGCGAACUUUCCGCUGCUGAUCAAUGCAUUCGGAUCGUACAAGCGUGUCGAGAUGGCGCUGGGGGGGCGGGCGCUGGAAGACACGGCGAGGGUGAUCGGUGAACUGACCAAACCUGAACCCCCUCGCUCAAUUGGGGAAGCGAUCGGGAAAGCGAAGCAGUUCUAUCCGCUGCUCAAGAUCGGUCCCAAGCGGAGCAAGCGGGAUGGCGCGUGUCAGGACGUGGUGCAUACUGGUGAUGCGGUUGAUCUGACGACGAUCCCGAUCCUGCGCUGCUGGGAGCAUGACGGGGACUUUGAGACGCUCGGAUAUCCGGCGGGGAUCAAUGAUGGUUUAGCGAGCAUGGGGCAUCCGGAGAUUGAUGCAUCAGAAUGGGACGCAAAGUAUCGGGGGCGGUUUAUCACGCUUGCUGGGAUUCACACGAUCCACGCGGAUGAUCGCGAUGAUCCCAAACCCAAGUCGCACAACAUCGGGAUGUAUCGCGUGCAGCUGCUCGGGAAGGAUCGGCUCGCGAUGCACUGGCACAUGCAUCACGAUGGAGCAGCGCACUGGCGGUCGUGGAAGAAGCUCGGGAAACCGAUGCCUGUCGCGAUUGUGCUUGGGGGUCCGAGUGUGCUGCCGUAUGGGGCGACGUGUCCGCUCCCUCCUGGGAUCAGCGAGUUGCUGAUGGCGGGGUUCUUACAAGGGGAGGGCGUGCGGAUGUGUCGCGCCAAGACGGUGCCUUUGUGGGUUCCUGCGGAUGCGGAGAUGGUGAUCGAGGGGUUUGUGGACACGGAUGCGGGGUAUCCGGGGUGGGAUCCGCGUGAGGAUGGUGCGGGAGAUUUGGGUGAGGGUGCGGUUUUUGAAGGGCCGUUCGGGGAUCACACUGGGUUUUAUUCGAUGCCGGAUCGGUAUCCGAUCACUUCGGUGACGGCGUUCACUCAUCGGCGUGAUGCGGUGUAUCCGACGACGGUGGUGGGGUUGCCUCCUCAGGAGGAUUACUUCCUUGGGAAGGCGACGGAGCGGAUUAUGCUGCCGUUGCUGAAGACGAUCUUGCCCGAUGUGAUGGAUUACGACCUACCGUUGUAUGGAUGCUUCCACAACGCGGCGAAUAUUCAGAUCAAGAAGCAUUAUCCGCUGCAUGCACGCAAGGUGAUGCACGCGAUCUGGGGCGCGGGACAGAUGGCGUGGACGAAGACGCUGUUUGUUGUGGAGGAUGAUGUCGAUGUGCAUGAUCUCUCGAGUGUCAUGCGAGCGGUGUGGGAUCAUUGCAAACCAUCGCGUGAUAUUGAGCGUGUGCAUGGCGCGGUGGAUAUUCUGGACCACGCCGCGGCUCGGUUCGGGACGAGCAUGAAGCUUGGAUUCGAUGCGACGCGGAAGGUGGCGUCUGAGGAUCUGGACGGGCAAGCAAUUGAUGAACCAUCACCGAUCCCGAGCGAGGCGGCGUGCAAGGAAACGAUCGCGUGGGCGAGGUCUUGCGAAGGAGUGCUUGAAGCGACGACUCCUGAAGCAGCGCCGGGAUGGGUGUUUAUCCGUGUUGAUCGAGGGUAUCACGAAGCGGAUCGUGCCGGGCUUGGGGGCAGGGUGCUCGAUGAGUUUUGGAACGAGCCGACGGCGCAUCGGUUUGUGGUGGUCGUGGGGCGUGAUGUGGAUAUCCAUGAUCAUCACGAAGUGCUGUUCCACUGGGUUGCGAACUGCGACUUUGCGCGUGAUACGCAAUGGGAUCAGUCGCAUGGGUGUGAUCGUGUUGGCUUUGAUGCGACACCAAAGACUAGCGGCGAUGCGCGGAACAACCAGCCCGUGCGGGCUUGGCCUCCGAUUCUGACGAUGGAUGAAACUGUCAAUGCUCGUUGUGAUCAGAUCACGCUCGCACGAUAG